AUGAGCCGUCCAGCCGGCACUCUCUCGGGAGACCUACUCUACACACACGCCAACAGGGCCUCGUUGUUCAACGAACGCUGGUCCCAGCCGUCCUCCUCGCACCGGCGAAAGUUCCUCAGCAAAUUCGGAUCCUCCCUAGGCCGCAAGCACCGUCGCAAGCACACACACCUCUCGGGCGACCACUCCCCGGGUACGACGGAGCCCGCAUCGCCCAGCCUGGACUAUCUGGACUACCAGCAGGACUUGCCCAUCGUGCGCGUGGAGAAGCCGCUGUGCGAAGUGUGCCACUCGCACGGCCACCACCCGCCCCACCCUAAGACGCUGCUCGAGGACAUGCUCAAGUGCCGUAUCUGCGGCAACAGCUACCACCUGCGCUGCCUGCGAGCCGCCGGACUGCCCAACCAGCCGCGAGGGGCGCUGAUCGACCGACACGCGUGGUCCUGCAUGAAAUGCGAGACGCUGGAGCUGCUGCUGAGCGAUACCGAACUGCACAGCGCCCUGGACGCCGUCGGCAUGGACGCCGACCGUCGGAUGACGGCCGACUUGCUCACGUGGCCAAGCUUCCUGGAGCUGCACGAGCGGCUGUACGCGGGCGCGAGGGAUGAGCGGGGCUCGCUGCCGCCAGGGGUGAUGGCGCUGCUGCGAGAGGACUUCGCGCGCUUCGACCGCGACCACGACGGCUGCAUCUCGUGGGCGCAGGUGCUCACCCGGUUCGCGCUCCAGCUCCUCAGACAACGACACACCGACGUGGGCCGAUACCAGAGGGAGUGA